GGGAUGGUCUGCUGGUGUCAUGCUUUGGCAAUAUACUUUGGAUACCUCCGGCUCUAUUAUCGGACAAUUGGCUCCUGCUGUUUCCGGCUCUAGCAGCGGUGGCACUACUACUACUACCACCAAGCCCGCCACUACUACCACUACCACUACCACCAAGGCUACCACCACCACCACCACCACCAAGGCUACCACCACUACCACCAAGGCCACCACUACCACCACUACCACCACUGCUUCAGCCACUGCUACUGGCUCAUGCACUGCAAGUAACAAUGGUGCCAUGAACUGCAUAGCAGCUGGUACCAGCGCCCAAUAUCAGACUUGUGUUAAUGGUGGAUGGGUUACCCAAGCUUGUGCUUCCGGUACCGUUUGCAAAAUGAACGGUGCUUCUAUCUACUGCGACUAUCCUUAGAUGUGGAAAAAAAAUUUAUAGUAUUUCAAAUCACAGUAAUAAAUUCUUCUUAUUUAUGUUUGCAUAAUUCAUAUCGAUGAUUGAAAUGAGAACGUUAUGAGCGGCGACUGCUUGAAAGAAACAAGAGUUCAUACAAGAGUUACGUUGAAUGCCUUUGAAUAAUCACCGUCAUUGUAGAAUUCAGCAUGGAUGCUUCUUAGAAUCAAUAGCUAAUGUCCCUAAGAACACCCACCCCGUUCGAUUACCAAGGUACUUUUCAGGUUUUUUUUUUUCAAUUGGGAGACUCAGAGCACUCGUGACCUUGAUUGAGAAAUGGGCCAGCUACAAUGUGCUGCGCUGGUAAGCUAACCAUUUUGUGGGUUUUCAAAUGGGAAAAAAGUUUCUGUUGUGUUUGUGCUACCGCCAGUGCAUUUCCACCGGCUUUCCCCUGUAAAAGCCGGUGGCUUUAAGCACCAGCUAAGUUUAUCAUCAAUGGACAGUCUUUCAAUAUUGUUUCAAC